AUUAAAUUUUGUUGUUGUUCUGCAUCAGCGUCUUGCACUAUAGCGCGCGUGUCCUCGUAAUUCCGUUUCAUCCAGAACCGCUCUUACGAUGGGUGCCAUAGCCGAACCGGCGGAAGCCGGCCGAUACCUCGCUGAAGACAUGUACGACUACCCGUUGUGCUUUCACUGCGUGCGGUGGAGUCCGUUCAUGGUCUACCUGGAGGACAACAAGCAGGCCCACAAAUUUCGGCCCUUUGAGAAGGGGAUGCAACUCUACUGCGCGGCCUGUGUCCCGAAGCAGGCGGAUUUUGAGCGGAAGUAUCCGGGGGAGAAGCUGUACCGUGAAGAAAGCAUUUUAAACGACCAGCAGCUGAUGGCGCUGCUUGGCCGGUUCCAGUACGAACACCCCAACAAGGACGGAUUCGCCGAGCUGGACCGAGUGAUCAUCACGGAGAACGCAAAGCUGCAGCCGUACAAAAAGUUGGCAAAGAAGCCACUCCCUCUGAGAUGCAAGGCGGCCUUGCUGACGGACCUCUUCCCGGCGAUGCACCGGAUGGAAAACAGGAAGUUCCCCAGUUACCGUGCGAUGCGCUCGGCGGUACGUGCCAAGGCCACCGCAAUCGCCGAGGGAUACAUGAACCUGACGGAAACCGAGCAAAGCCAGCUGCAGGACAACUUUGACGUGCUCGUCGAUCGGACGCCGAUGCACGCGAAGAUCUCGAGCCAGCAGCAGCGUUCGCUGAUGCCUCCUCCGGUGACUCCGUUCCGACCUGUGACGCCAGAACAGGCAGCUCACGAGACGAUGUCCAGCCUGGGCGACGUGUCAAAUAUGAGCUCGGAAUCACGCGUUGAUGCUCUUCGAAUGGAUCUCAACUCCGAUGACGAAUCAAACGCGUCCUCGCUCGAGGGCAGCUUGGCCCGUUCCUCGCAAGAACCGUCGUCUCACGCAGCAAACGCGCCCCGACCGCCGCCCUCCACCCAAAGUGACCUCGGCCUUUCGUCGCAGGACGUUUCCAUCCCCGGGAACGGGAUCAUUCCCGGCGGUGAUUCGCAACGCGUUGCCGGAACGCAGCAAACGUCCUCCGAAAGUAUACACCUGUCCUCGCAGGACAUCUCCGACGAGCCGAACCUCAGAGUUGCGCUGCCAGCUCCCAGAAUCACCCGGGUCAACACUAGUGACUCGGACUCGAGCACCGCCUCCGUAAUGUCGACAAGGUCGCGCAAACGCUCGUCGUCCGCCUCGGAUCGAUCGGAGUCCCCGGUGGCCGUGCCACCCACGCCAAACGACGGCCAGCAGGCCGGCCCGAGCAGCAAGCGGGCGCGCAACGACAUUCCGACAAAUCCAACUCCGGCUCAGUUUGUGCGGAAUCCCGUAGGCCGGAUGCCGCGGCUGAAGGGCGCGUAACCGAACAACGGAGCUGCUGCUGAGAGCGCAAUCGCUUUGUUCAUUUAUGUAUUGUAACUGUAUUUAAUAGGGUUAGUUUUUUUUUGCUGAAAGCCAUGACUGAUUUUGCCAGUGCGUAAUUAUAUGUUUCAAUUUUGUAAUUAACAA